UUCACAUCUAAUGGGGGAGCAGGGGAGGUGGAGCACCACACUCCCAGCCAGGCAGCUGAGUUUCCUCUUUUAAGGAUCUAAACCCCAUGUACUGGGAUCCCGGGACAUCAUCUGGCUUCCAUGCUGGCGUCACUGGCCUCUGCAAUGCUGCCGCUUCUGCGUCUCCUCCUCCUGGCCCUAGGCCUGCAUCUGACCAGAACACUCAACUCCAAUGAUCCUAAUGUCUGCACCUUUUGGGAAAGCUUCACCACCACCACGAAGGAGUCCCACUUACGCCCCUUCAGCCUGCUGCCGGCUGAGUCCUGUGACAGGCCCUGGGAGGACCCCCACACUUGCUCUCAGCCCACGGUUGUCUACCGCACUGUGUACCGUCAGGUGGUGAAGGUCGACUCCCGCCCACGCCUGCAAUGCUGUGGGGGUUACUAUGAGAGCGGUGGAGCCUGUGUCCCACUCUGUGCCCAGGAGUGUGUCCAUGGUCGCUGUGUGGCUCCUAAUCAGUGCCAGUGUGCACCAGGCUGGCGGGGUGACGACUGUUCCAGUGAGUGUGCCCCAGGAAUGUGGGGGCCGCGGUGUGACAAGCUGUGCCACUGUGGGAACAGCAGUUCCUGUGAUCCCAAGAGUGGGGCAUGUUUUUGCCCCUCCGGACUGGAGCCCCCCAACUGCCUUCAGCCUUGCCCUCCUGGCCACUAUGGUCCUGCCUGCCAGUUUGGUUGCCACUGCCAUGGAGCAUCCUGUGACCCCAAGAAUGGAGCCUGCUUCUGCCCUCCAGGAAGAACAGGACCCAGCUGUAAUGUGCCCUGUUCACAGGGCGCUGCUGGCUUCUUCUGCCCCAGAACCAAUCCUUGCCAAAAUGGAGGCGUUUUCCAGGUCUCCCAAGACUCCUGCAGCUGCCCUCCUGGCUGGAUGGGUGUCAUAUGCUCCCUGCCCUGCCCAGAGGGCUUCCAUGGACCCAACUGUACUCAAGAAUGUCGCUGCCACAACGGCGGCCUCUGUGACCGGUUUACUGGGCAGUGCCACUGUGCUCCUGGGUAUAUUGGGGAUCGGUGCCGUGAAGAGUGCCCUGUGGGCCGCUUUGGACAAGACUGUGCUGAGACCUGCGACUGCGCCCCUGGUGCCCGUUGCUUUCCUGCCAAUGGCGCGUGUCUGUGUGAACAUGGCUUCACAGGCGACCGCUGCACUGAGCGCCUCUGUCCAGAUGGCCUCUAUGGUCUCAGCUGCCAGGAGCCCUGCACCUGUGACCCGGAUCAUAGUCUCAGCUGCCACCCUAUGCACGGUGAAUGCGCCUGCCAGCCAGGCUGGGCGGGCCUAAACUGCAACGAGAGCUGCCCACAGGACACGCACGGGCCGGGCUGCCAGGAACACUGCCUGUGUCUGCACGGCGGCAUCUGCCUUGCAGACAGCGGCCUCUGCCGGUGCGCACCCGGAUACACGGGACCUCACUGCGCUAACCUAUGCCCACCGGACACUUACGGGAUCAGCUGCUCCUCCCGCUGUUCCUGCGAAAACGCCAUCGCCUGCUCCCCCAUUGACGGCACAUGCAUCUGCAAGGAAGGUUGGCAGCGCGGUAACUGCUCUGUGCCCUGCCCCCCUGGUACCUGGGGCUUCAGUUGCAAUGCCAGUUGCCAGUGUGCCCAUGAGGGAGUCUGCAGUCCCCAAACUGGAGCCUGUACUUGCACCCCUGGGUGGCAUGGAGCUCACUGCCAGCUUCCUUGCCCGAAGGGGCAGUUUGGUGAAGGUUGUACCAGUGUCUGUGACUGUGACCACUCUGAUGGCUGUGACCCUGUUCAUGGACACUGCCGAUGCCAGGCUGGCUGGAUGGGCACACGCUGCCACCUGCCUUGCCCAGAGGGCUUUUGGGGAGUCAACUGCAGCAGUGCCUGCACCUGCAAAAAUGGGGGUACUUGUGUACCAGAGAAUGGCAACUGUGUGUGUGCACCAGGGUUCCGAGGCCCCUCCUGCCAGAGGCCCUGCCAGCCUGGUCGCUAUGGCAAACGCUGUGUGCCCUGCAAGUGCAAUAACCAUUCUUCCUGUCACCCUUCGGAUGGGACCUGCUACUGCCUGGCGGGCUGGACAGGCCCUCAUUGCUCUGAAUCAUGUCCUCCAGGCCACUGGGGACUCAAAUGCUCCCAACCCUGCCAGUGUCAUCAUGGUGGAACCUGCCACCCCCAGGAUGGGAGCUGUGCCUGCACCUCAGGCUGGACUGGACCCCAUUGCUUGGAAGGCUGCCCUCCAGGAGUAUUUGGUGUCAACUGUUCCCAGCUCUGCCAGUGUGGUCCUGGAGAGAGGUGCCACCCAGAGACGGGGGCCUGCGUGUGUCCCCCGGGACACAGUGGCGCGCCCUGCAAGUUGGGAAGCCAGGAGUCAUCUACCGCAAUGCCCACCUCUCCUGUGACCCAUAGCUCGCUGGGUGCGGUGAUAGGCAUUGCAGUACUGGGGACCCUUGUGGUGGCCCUAGUGGCACUGUUCAUUGGCUACCGCCAUUGGCAAAAGGGCAAGGAACACGAGCACUUGGCAGUGGCUUACAGCUCUGGGCGACCGGACAGCUCGGAUUAUGUCAUGCCAGAUGUCUCUCCCAGCUAUAGUCACUACUACUCCAACCCUAGCUACCACACCCUGUCUCAGUGCUCUCCGAACCCCCCACCCCCUAACAAGGUUCCAGGCGGUCAGCUCUUUGUCAGCUCCCAGGCGCCUGAGCGGCCAGGCAGAGCCCAUGGACGUGACAGCCAUGCUACACUGCCUGCAGACUGGAAGCAUCAACGAGAGCCCCAUGACAGAGGCUCCAGCCACCUGGACCGAAGCUAUAGCUGUAGCUAUGGCCACAGGAAAGGUCCAGGACCACUCUGUCAUAAAGGUCCCACUUCUGAAGAGGGGCUGGGGGCAAGUGUUAUGUCGCUGAGCAGUGAGAACCCCUAUGCUACCAUCAGAGAUCUGCCCGGCCUGCCUGGGGAACCCCGAGAAAGCAGCUAUGUGGAGAUGAAAGGCCCGCCAUCAGUGUCUCCUCCCAGGCAGCCUCUUCAUCUGCGGGACAGUCAGCAGUGGCGGGGGCAGCAGCCACAGAGGGACAGUGGCACCUAUGAGCAGCCCAGCCCCCUGAGCCAUAAUCAAGAGUCUGUGGGCUCUAUGCCCCCUCUUCCUCCAGGCCUGCCUCCUGGCCACUAUGACUCACCAAAGAACAGCCACAUCCCUGGCCACUAUGACUUGCCUCCGGUACGGCAUCCUCCAUCACCUCCACCUCGGCGACAGGACCGCUGAGGAGUCAGCGUGGGAUGGGAUAGCACCUGUAUACCCUGGCAGGAGCAGGGACUGGACCAGCAGGCCAUGGAGAACACAUAUGACAGAGUGAACAGAGAGACUGACGAUGGCUCUCAGCUUCCACCAAGGGAGACACCAGCUGAUAAACCAACUCCCUUUCUUCAACCCAGUGUUUCUCACGAGGCUCCGUGGACACAGCUGGUGGACUGAAUGAUGUGGUAUAUAAGUCUGAUUUUAGAUUGAUUUUAAAAAUGUGUCGGGUGCCUUUUCUGUAUGUAUACCCAGGCGGGGCUGUGUGUGUGUCUAGUUGGCUUCAGAGGGUGCCGGGCACUGGCUCUGCGUUCGCAUGUCUCGUGUAGCUAGCCUCCAAGCUAAGCUAGCUCCAGCAGCAGGCCCCAGCAACCCGCCCAUUUGGUAAUCCUCCGUGUUUGUUUUUGCUCCGAUGAUUGCUCCCUGCCUGUGGUGUUUAUCCUCCUGGUACUCCUUGGGCUACACUUUGUCAACUUCCCGUGCCUGCCUCUCCUGCCCAGUUUCCCUCUUGUGGAGUGAAGGUUACCUGCCGCCCUUCUUCCUCCUCCAGGACUGGCGCGCCAGAGCUCAGCCUUCCUGGGUUACCUGUUGACUCUUGCUUGUACCCACUCCAUCCCACGUCUCUCUUUCGUAGCUGCUGUUUUUCUCCACACACCCGCAGGAGGCAGGGGUGGUGCCAGGCAGAACUUGGAUUUGUUUUAUUAUUUUGUUUUUUUACACCUUGUCUCACUAAGUAGUCCUGGCUUUGCUGGAACUCACUGUGUAGAUCAGGCUGGCCUUGAACUCAGAGGUCUACUUCUGCCUCAAGUGUUGGGUUUAAAGGCACGAGCCACAGAUAGCUCAGGCUGCACACUGAUGUGAUUUCCAUGUCACUAGAUUAGCCUCUGCCGCCCCCUAGUGGGGGAGGCGGAACGCAAGCUGCCUGGAUGCAGGGCUCCAUGUCUGUUCACUGUUGGUUUCUCUUGGCACACGGUAGUCAAUAAAUGUUCCUUUAAAAGCUGA